AUGAGUAACACACCCAACAAGUCGGGUCUGACGACUCGCGCGCCUAUGCCGGCCUUCGGGAAUUUUGGCACCCAUCAAGCAUCUGCAUCCCUCCUCCUCCAGAAAUCCAAUCCAGGCCUGGGCAGGUCAACUCCUGAUUCCGAGGCUUUGGCUUCUUCAGACGACGAGCCUGACCACGCAAAGGCUGGCGCUGGCAGCAACGUCAAGUCCAAUAAGAACGUGCGAAGAACCUCAUGGCUCAACGAUGUCUCGUCGGCCAAUGCAAAUCGCAAACCUUCUAUCACUGGUCCCUACAGCCCUUCCACCUCCCAUCCGGGGACCCCUGGAGCAGAGCCCUCGCCCUGGGGAAACCCCAACGCUGCAGGUCCGGGAGCAUGGCCCAACCCAACGACGUCGUAUCCGUGGACCACGAUUUGGAACCAGGAUGGUCGCAGAGAUCCACCGGCCCGACUUCAGGAGGUUUUGCCCACGAAUGGUGAAGGCGGCAUCCCAUUUUCGAUUCCUCUCCAGCCGACUCCCAAGACCUACCGCUCCCAGUCAUACUCUGUGGGCCAACUCGACACGACCACUGCGCCGCCAGCUAAUCCCAUUUCGACCUCGAUUGAAGCGACGCGCAGCAGGCUAGGCAGUCAAUAUCCUCUGCAGAGACGGACGUCGAGGACCAGUGGACUGGGGGUGUUGGAGGUCGGUGGUCUCGGCCGGUUGCGAGAAGUUGAAGAUGACGAAGAAGAUCAUCGCGGCAAUAUUACCCCCGAGGCCAUCAGUGCUGAGCAGGCGCGAAUGAUCGAGAGGCUGGAAAAGGAAAAUGCCCAGCUCCGUCACGCUGCUCAAAGCCGUGACCGUGGUUUCCCGAGUACCGCCACCACGGCCCCCGUUCAGCCCCCCGGGUUUCGAAAUACGCGCCUUCGAAGCGCUGUACCGGAGGAGGCUGAAACCGCCAUCGAUGAUAGAGAAGACCUCGCCGGAUUUCCUGGUCGUGAUCACAAUGCGCGUCGCAUGAGUGAACAACCCCUUGGAUUCGCCGAAAGACAGUCGUUGUCUCCCACCGAGAAUCGUACUUUUGAUGGAAUGAAGAAAGCACAUUGGCAGACUUCCCUUGGAUUCGGUCCCAUCCCAGAGGCUCCCCAGAGUCGCCGACAUUCGUUCGCCGACGUGCCAACUCGCCAUGGAUCCUUCAGUUCGAACGGUGAGCAGAUUCUGCGGCUGUUACUUCUACAAUUUCCCGGGGCUAAUUGGAUAGGUCGCGAAGACGAUGCGACGGCGUAUGAAAGCGGAUCCCAAGCGUUGUCCCAAGGAGAUGAUCGUAAGUUUGCCCAGGCUUUAACCCUCGCGCUCAUGAAUCCGAACGAGGAUCAAAUGAAUAAUAUGUACUUACGUCUCCGCUACUUUGCAGCUGCGUAUUUCAACACCACCGAGUCCACCCGACGAGCUGCGGACGCCCGAGUCCAUCAGCACCACCGCGAUCCACAACUUUACGGUCAACAUCUUGGUGUUGGACCGUACCUCGAACCGGCGGCGCAACCGCUCUUCAUCGUCAACUUCAAAUGUUGUCGCUCAGAUGUCUUCUACAUCCAAGAGGGGACGGGUCUCCACGUCAACGUGGGAGAUCUUGUCAUUGUUGAGGCGGACCGUGGUACCGAUCUGGGCACGGUUCAACAUACAAACGUGACGUGGGAGGACGCCCGCCGUUACAAAGAAUAUUAUGCCGAGGAACAUUAUAAAUGGUUGAUGAUGUUUUCGCUGCAGAGUCGAAACGGCGGGCCCAACGUCGUCAACCCCAACGGCAUUCCCAACAGACAUGGCAGUGCCGUCGGAGGCAUGGGACCUCAAGGACAUCAUGGUCCUCACGACUCUGCUGGCCCCGAACUCAAGCCGAAGAUGAUCAAGCGACUGGCGCAAAACCACGAGAUUCAAGCCUUGAAGGACAAAGAAGGCAACGAGGCCAAAGCCAAGCGGGUUUGUCAGCAAAAGGUUGUCGAGCAUCGAUUGAAUAUGGAAAUUCUUGACGCAGAGUUCCAGAUGGACAGCAAGAAGCUCACAUUCUACUACUUUGCUGACAAUUACAUCAACUUCAAUCACUUGGUCACAGAUCUUUUCAAGAUCUACAAGACCCGUAUCUGGAUGUCCGCCAUCAACCCUGCGUCUUUCCAAACCCCAACCGCAUCCCUUGGAAUCCAGCCUGUGUAUAGCACGGCCCCCGGUGACGAGCGCCAUCGUAGGCGGCAGCAACAAGCACAACAGGCAGGUAAUCUCGGCCACCAGGCCGUCACCACGCCAUUUGGAGAUACCUUCGACGCGGACCGGAACUUCAACAACCAUCAGAGUCAGGGCAUGCGGAACGCUUUCUAUAAUCAGUUCCAGGAUGUUGGGGCGGGACCUCAACAACUGCAACCGGGGGUAUCGCCGUUUGCUCCAAACAUGCAAGGUCAAAUGGAUCCCUUCAUGUCCUUCUACGGUCAACCAUUCCCUACCCUCAAUCCUAAUGCGCCUAAUUUCGCCAGCAGCCGACCCGACUUUAGAGGAAGAGCGCCAAACCCGACCGGUGACGUUAACUGGAUGGGACGAUUCCAAGGGCUCUCACUUGGCUCUUGA